AUGGACGCCGCCAUUUUCACGUUUGUUCUUGGUGCCCCCGACCUCCCAGCAGUCCAGAGUUCCGUAUCACAGCGACUCUCCAACAUGGGCGGCGCCUCAUCGCGCCCGCCGCCGCCUCCGCGCGUCGCAAAGACACUGCCGACGACAACCGUCUGGGUCCAGCACCUCCCGCCGAUAAUCUCCGAGACAGCCCGUCAGGCGAUCCUCGCCACGGCCCAGCUGCGCAACAAGUACCUGGCCGAAGGAGGCCAAGGAGACGCGAGCCCGCAAGCACUAGGUUCGCUCGUCGAACGACUCGACGCCUCCAUCGAAGGAGCGCGAGAAGCGGCCAACAUCCGGGAUUUCACCGUUCUCAUCACAGAACAGACGGUGCUGCGCCUCGUGACGGACACCGGAUCGCCGUCGCAAAGCCUGCUGGACCUCGCCCGCGCCGUCAACCCGUUCCUCAACCGCCACGCAGAUGACGACGACGGAGGACAACAGGGGCUCGGCCCGAGCUCCAGGGAGGCCGACAGCCUUCCUGCGCCCUUCCGACCGUCCGACUUGUCGUUGAUCGACGGCCCCGAAAAGGACCUCCUGGUCUUGCUGCAUUACUGCGACCCCUCCAACCUGAAAGGCUGUCUCGAGGAGGCCAUGGCUCAGCUAUCGGUCAUGGCGGCCAAGCACGGCACCAUCAAAGACUUGGAUCUUCGAAAGGAGCCGCUUUCCGAGACGGAGGUGUACAUACACUGGGUCUCGCUCUACCUGGCCGCGAACGUGCCCCCGGGAGCUCUCUCUCCCGAUCUCGCGGCGAAGCUGGACUCCGAGAAGAGCAUGCAGAUGAGCCGCCUCCUGACCGUAUGCGAGAUGCUUCUGAGCGACGGUAGGCUCGACCAGAUAUGCUUCCUGCUGGUGUUUCUGAGACGAUGCGCCGUGGCCCAGGACAAGUCGUGGUGGCGUUCGAGGGCGAAGCAGAUCCUGAAGGGCAUGAAGAAGAGGAGGGCGGCGAAGGCCCAGUGGCACGUCGACUUUGCCGACGAGGCGUUGACGGGGUUGAAAGCUUGGGAGCAUCAUGGCCAAGAAGAUCGGUGGUCGAAGCGGGGGUCUCUGACGAUUGAGCGGCAGGAUACCGAUCGAGCUGGGCAAGAUGAAGGGGAAUCGAUGCGUCCGUGA